AUGAAUCCAGCUAGUUCUCGCGGUCGCGGUCGUGGAAAACCAAAAAGAAGAAUGAAUAGCAACCGUGAACAGAUUGUGGGUGCUCCACGUGUUGUGGGACCUAGGACCUACGCACACGUAGCAGCGCAGCAUGUUAACACUCGUCACUCUACUGCGCUUCGUGCGAAUGCUGUCACUCCGACUGCCAAUGCUGCUGCUCUUGCGGUCAAUGCUAUUGCACCUGCUUGCAAUGUCACCAUUCCAACUGCCAAUGCUGCUGCUGCCGCCCGCAAUGUUGCUACUACUGCUGCUGCCCGCAAUGUUGCUACUGCUACUGCUGCACUUGCUCACAAUUAUACAGCUUCUGGUCCUGGUCAUGUUCCGGCUCCUGGUCCUGUCCCGGCUCCUGGUCCUGUCCCGGCUCCUGGUCCUAUCCCGGCUCCUGGUCCUGUCCCGGCUCCUGGUUCUAUCCCGGCUCCUGGUCCUAUCCCGGCUCCUGGUCCUGUCCCGGCUCCUGGUCCUGUCCCGGCUCCUGGUCCUGUCCCGGCUCCUGGUCCUGUCCCGGCUCCUGGUCCUGUCCCGGCUCCUGGUCCUGUCCCGGCUCCUGGUCCUGUCCCGGCUCCUGGUCCUGUCCCGGCUCCUGGUCCUGUCCCGGCUCCUGGUCCUGUCCUGGCUCCUGGUCCUGGUCCAGCAAUCAAUGCUGCUGCCCCGGAUGCAAACGAUCAUCUUGCUGGUGAUAAUGGUGCUCCUGGUAACGUGGGACAUGGUGAUGGUGCUGCAGCUGCUAUCAAGAUAAAAUAUCUCCAGCGAUCUAGUCGCCAACUACAAAAGCAGGUGAAACAGCUACUAAAAAAGCAGUCGCAGCAACUGAAGCCGGACCUGCAACUUCAACCAAGUUCAGAUCAACCCAUCUCACAACCCGGCCUCAGUCCAUCAAUGACAGUGCAAAUUCAGCCAGGUUCAGUUCAACCGAUCUUACAACCCGGCCUCAGUCAGCCAUUGACAGGUGUGGCUCAAUCAUAUUUAACACACAUCCCUUUUCAACCAUUUAUACCACAAACGCCUCUAGACUCGUUUGUUCGUUCAUCAUUCAUACCUCAAGUUCAGCCAGCUCAUCCAAUCAACUUGGGGAUGCUUCCCGCACUGAAUUAUAUUUCACCACCACAUCAACUCCAGUACGCUCCGUUGACACCGCAAACGAUCACACACGUACAUUCAUUCAUCCCGAAUCAAAUGCACCAAACAUUCGGAUCCCAGGUUCGUCAACAAGCAGUGCUACAACUGCUGCAACUGCUGCAAGGAACUACGCCUACAAAUUUUUAA